AUGUUCGCCGUCCCCGGUUGGUCAGUCUCUUCCGAUGCGCUCAAGGCCGAAAAGCCCGCAGUCGCAGCCAGCAGCGGCUCUGCCAAGAAGCGCAAGAGGACCACCAGAGACGAGCCAGUGACGGCUGCCAACGUCGCCGAUCUGUAUGAGACAGUCGUCGAGGGGAAGAAGCCCAGUGGCGACAAGCCCGCGCAGGAUUCAAAACGCCAAAAGAAGUCUUCCGACGACAAGACCAAGGCCGGCGGCGAGAAGUCGGCGGCCGAGGCUAAUGAUGCAAAUGCAAACCCAAACCACGUAAAACUGCCAAAGAACAAAGAAAGGGGAAACCGGUCGGAAUCCCAAGACGAAACCACAGCAGCAGCAGCAGCAGUCGAAUCCCCCAAACCCGAACCCAAAGCCAAAGCCGAGCCCGCAGCAGUUCUACCUCCAGCACCACCCAAGUUGACGCCUCUACAAGCCUCAAUGAGGGAGAAGCUGGUUUCUGCACGAUUCCGCCACCUCAACGAGACGCUCUACACGCGGCCCUCGGAAGAAGCCUUCAAGCUGUUCCAAGAGUCCCCCGAGAUGUUUGACGAGUACCACGAAGGCUUCCGCCGCCAAGUCAAGGUGUGGCCCGAAAACCCAGUCGACAGCUUCCUGCAGGACAUUCGCACAAGGGCCAAGAUAAGGAAGGCCGGCAAGGGCAGGCCCAAUGCCCCGCAACUUCAGCUCAUCGCCAGCCCUCUGCCCAGGACCGGCGACACAUGCACCAUUGCCGACCUGGGAUGUGGCGAUGCCCGGCUGGCCGAGUCGCUCCAGAAGGACAAGAACAAGCUGCACAUCGACGUCAAGAGCUUCGACCUCCAGAGCCCCAGCCCUCUGGUCACAAAGGCCGACAUCGCCAACAUUCCCCUGGAGGACGGCUCCGUCAACGUCGCAAUCUUCUGCCUCGCCCUCAUGGGCACCAACUGGCUCGACUUUGUUGAAGAGGCCUACCGCCUGCUCCACUGGAAGGGCGAGCUCUGGGUCGCCGAAAUCAAGAGCCGCUUCGGCCCUGUGCGCAACAAGCACGCCCCCGUCACCCACAGCGUCGGCAACAGGCGCAAGCAGCCCUCCAAGAAGGAGGUGCAGGCCAAGGAGGCCGAGGCCGCUGGCCGCUUCGAAAAGGACCUCGCCGUCGAGGUGGAUGGCCAGGACGACCAGCGCCGUGAGACGGAUGUGUCGGCCUUUGUCGAGGCCCUAAGAAAGCGUGGCUUCGUCCUGCAGGGAGAUGGCCGCGAGGCUGUCGACUUGUCCAAUAGGAUGUUUGUUACCAUGCGCUUCAUCAAGGGUGCAGCUCCUACCAAGGGCAAGGGUGUCAAACCGGACGACGCUGGCCCAAAGAAAAAGAAAAUGUUUGGUCGCAUGCAGGACGAGGAUGCAGAGGAUCAGGGUGGCGAAACUGAGGGAGCUAUCCUCAAACCUUGCGUGUACAAGAUUCGAUGA